AUGGAUCAGAUUGUCUCUGCGGCACCAGGGGAACAGGGUUCUUUGCCGGCAGAGUUUACUAACUCGAGCUUGAAAGGGGCUAAGCAACGUGAACUCCUCGAUACUUGUGUUGCGGCCGCAAUAAACAUGUUCCCUGCAGCGAAUGUAGCUCGGGCGAGACUAAUGGUUAAAGCAACCUUACUUACUUUCAUGCACGAUGAUGUCAUUGAAUCUACGGAGCAAUCUACAAUCAUCGAUGACGCCCUCACCGACAUUGUUGGCCACGAAGAAAAGGGUACAGAAAUAUUGUGGAAAAACCGCAUAUUUAAAGAAUUUACACUAGAAUGCAUACAAGAGGACCCUGUUGUCGGGCCACUACUCGUGAAGGGCAUGUUGAACUGGGUACAAUAUACACGCAAUAACCUUCCCGGAUCCAUGACAUUUAAGUCUUUAAAUGACUACAUCGACUAUCGCAUUGGCGACUUAGGUGUCGACUUUUGCAAUGCAGCUAUAAUGUUGACAUGCGAGAUUUUCGUCUCUCCGUCCGAGAUGGAGCCCCUUGCAGCCUUACACCACCUAUACAUGACACACUUCUCAUUAGCAAACGAUUUAUACUCGUACGAUAAAGAGGUCUACGCUAUGAAAAAACAUGGCGCUGCACUGAUCAACGGUGUCAGAGUUCUAGAACUUCUUCUCAAUACUUCACCUCGAGCAGCGAAGGUCCUUCUCCGAGCGUAUCUAUGGGAUCUUGAGUUCCAAAUCAACGAAGAGCUCGCACGACUAUCGGACUGCGGCCUUUCUCAUAACCAGUGGAGAUUUGCUCGUGGAAUGGUAGAAGUGAUUGCAGGAAACCUAUUUUACUCCUCGACUUGUUUGCGGUACGCAAAACCGUCGUUGAAAGGGAUAUAA